AUGGCAUCUCUCCGCGUCCCAGCGAAAUCGUCUGGAGCUCCAGAGCAUGCACCAGCUCCGUGGACGCUCAAAGGAGACAUGUACUGGCUGUUCCUGCGGCUCAGUAGUCCCCUUCCAUCCAACGUCUAUCAUCCACUCGAUCUGGGGCAGCAUUCUUCUUCUGGCUCCAGCAGUUUCCAGGGGGGUUUCGGUACAAUACAGCUGAUCAGAUACUCGGAAAGUCCAGUGGGUCCAUACGAUGAGCUCAUGCUCAUUCCCGGCGAGUAUCAAGUGCCAGGAGGCGAGCACAAAGGCAAAAGCAAGCUCCGAGUCUCCAGGAUAUACGUCAAUCAGAAAGAAACUUGCUACAAUGCGAGAUUCGAAUUCUCGGAUCCAGCGAGACGCAAGGGAGACCCAUCUCCAAACGAGCUGAAGGUCUCUGUCUUUCCGCCUGGUGAAGGCACGGACGAGCCGUUUUUCAGCGCCACAUUCACGUCUGCCRGAUGGCUGCCCAGCUUCCCGUUGUCGACAAAGUACCUUCCCAUGGACACGACGCUCGUGCAGCCACCACUACCCGAAGGUGACGAAGCGAUGCUUGCUGGCACAGAAACGUGGAAGGUAUGCAAGCUCUCAGUCUACACCAACCGAGCGAGCUUGGUGUGGGUCGAUGCAGCAGCGACCAAAGACAAGGAUGACAAGGCAUGGCCAAGUCUGACACCCUGGAGCAUGGGACUUUGUAUCGAGGAUGCCACGAUCGGUAUGGAGAAGCCCGACGAGUUCUCGUGUAAACUGUAG